GAGAGAGAGAGAGAGAGAGAGAGAGAAAUAAGGGAGGGAGAAACUGUCAGAGAGGACUGAUAUAAGGAGCUCGCUUUAUAAAUGUUGAAUCCAGAUUCAUCCAGUUGAGACAUCCCACAUCUCAGCACUACAGGCGGGAUCACAAAAUGAAAGUAUUAAUCAUCGCAGUCGUUCUCCUGCUCGGGUUACGUAUGGGAGAUGCGAUUCCGUCGAACCGCUGGUCCUGCUACAAAAAGAUGCUGAAGGACAGAAACUGCCAUGAAAUUGGACUGGAGAGGAUGAGACCCAUCGACUCGCUACAGAACCAUUACUGGGAGGGCAGUGAGUGUGACGUGGUGUGUUACUGUAACCUCUUCGAGCUGCUCUGCUGCCCCAGGGAUGUCUUCUUUGGGUCGAAAAUCUCCUUUGUGAUCCCAUGCAAAACGCCUGAAACCGGACUUUGAGUGGACUAAAUGUUGUUUAUGGCGACUGAAAGAUCUCUUCGAGGCCUUUAACAUUCUGUUAUCCAACAUCUAGUUCCAAGUACCGAGUGAAAUGUAAAUCUGCUUUGUUGCUGUUUGUGCAUAAAAUAUCGGUCCUCUUUUAUGGCAGUGUGUCCCAUUCUGGAGGUAUAUUGUUCAUAUACUAACCCUAAUAUCAAUCUAAACCCUGUUCUAACCAAGAUAUGCUUAUAUGCGGUUUAGUUUAUUGACCCAGGUGUGCUGCACGAGGAUGAGUUCUUUAAAUAGUGGCUAAGAUUAUGCUGUCCUGCCUUUAUAGGGGUUCAAUUCUCAAAUCAACUCAAACAUGCAGACCUUACAGAAAUGACCAUUAAAGUCAUUUCUACAAUCCAUUUAAAUGGUGCAAACCUGUAAAAAAGAGACAGUGCUAUAAUUAGGUAUGGGGUAUUGUGUUCAGGAUGAUGCUUGUCCAAUUUCAGACAAUGCCGCGUUGAAGGAUUCAUUACCCAUUUGACAAAAAUAAAGCAUUGAAAUGUAUAAACAUUAUUAAAUAAAACCAACAUUUGAAGUGA